AUCAUUCCGUUUGUUGUUAUAAUGACAAAAUGGCGAACGGUAGACUUCGGUUGAUAUUUGUUGUUUUGAUUUCCGUCGUAAAUAAGUUUACACAAGGUUUACCAUUCGGUGUUACCUCUCGGACAUUACGUAUUGCUCCUCAUAUUAAUCAUUUAAAUAAUUAUCCUCAACCACAACUUAUAUCGAGCGACAACCAUGAUUUUCAUUUCUCGACAAGAAGUAGUAGUAAACUUCAUAAGCGCUCGAUAGAAAAUUCCAACGUUACAAUCUUUCCAUUAAAUGAUAAUCAUAGCCAGUUACUUGUUCACUGGGCAGGUAAAGGAAGUGAUGUUAUUAUAUGUUUAGCAUAUGAUCGACAACAAAAUGAAAGUAGUACAUCACAAGUUUUUGUAUCAUAUGAUUAUGGCGUGACUUUUGUUGAGAAACAGAAAGUUUCAAUGAAGAUUUCUCUUACGAAAGAUUCAAUCAUAAAUAUGUUUUAUAUUAGCCCUGUAUUAAAUAAUCAUUUUGUAUUUACUGAUGUUAUUCACAAAUGUAUUUUUACUACUCGUGAUUUUGGUCGUACAUUUCAAAGAGUACAGUUGGGAUUUAAACCAGAGAUUCUUGCUCUUCAUCCAACAAACAGUGAAAUUAUUCUUGCAAUGGACAAGAGUGAUUCUUUGAAAAGGUUAUACUUAUCUGAAGAUUUUGGUGCUACAUGGAAUGUACUUGAAUCGCAUGUGAAGUCAUUUAGUUGGGGGAAAGAUGGAAUUGAUCCUCCAAAUACAUUAUAUAUAGAACGUCAAGAACCUGGACAUACUUCAACAGUUCUACGUUCCACUGAUUUUUUUAAAAAUGAAGCAAAUACAUCAGUUGUAAUAAGAAACAUUGAAGAUUUUGAAAUUCAUGAUAAAUAUCUUUUUGCAACAAGAAAACAGCAUCUAUUUGGAUCUCAUAAUUUAAAUGGAACUCUGCAGUUAUGGGUCUCCUAUAAUAGACAGCCUUUUCAAAAUAGUUUGUUUCCAAGUCAUCUUGAAAGAAAGGAUUUUUAUAUUGCUGAUGCAUCUGAAGAUCAGGUUUUUGUGUGUGUUACACAUGAUACAUCAACAACAAACUUAUAUAUUUCUGAUGUUCGUGGUAUAAAAUUUUCACUUUCUUUGGAAAGAAUUCUUUACUUUCGUCCUGGUGCAAUAAACGUUUUUAUUGAAGGUGAAAAGGAAAUUAUAGAUUUUCACAAAGUUCAAGGACUUAGAGGUGUAUAUAUUGCAACUCAGCUGAAAGAAAAUGUAUCAUCUAGUUCAUCAUUUGAAAAUAUGGUUUCUGUUAUUACUUUUGAUAAAGGAGGAAAGUGGCAAAAUUUAGCAGCACCUAAAGUUGAUAAAAAUGGAAACCUAUUGCUGUGCCAACAGAGUAAAGGAUGUUCAUUACAUGUUAGUCAGAGGUUUAACCAGUUAUAUUCUAGAACAAGAACCCCUACAAUUUUAUCACGUGAAUCAGCAGUAGGAAUCAUCAUGGCAUCUGGUGUUGUUGGCAAAUCUUUGAAAGGUCAUCCAAGUGUUUUUGUUUCUUCUGAUGGUGGACUUACAUGGCAUCAUGUGCUGUAUGGAACAUAUCUAUAUAAUUUUGGUGAUUUUGGAGGUGUAUUGCUGGCAGUUCAAUAUAGCAGCAAAAGUACAAAUGAAUACAAAUAUUUUUAUUUAGAAUAUGAAUGUAAAUCAGAAGAUUAUAAAUACUGGAGUCCACAUGGUCCCAAUAAAACGUGCCUUCUUGGGCGUAGAGAAGUUUAUCACAGGCGUAUCUCUCGUAUUCAUUGUUAUAAUGGAAAAGAUUAUAAACGUCCAGUUGUAACUGAGAAUUGUCCAUGUGCAAUUGAUGAUUUUGAAUGUGAUUAUGGAUUUAAAGAAGAUCGUUAUAUUGGACAUUGCAUAAGAGAUAAUGAUAGUGAAAUUGAUCCAUACUCCAUUCCACAAGAUUGUAAGCCAGGUGGAUUUUACAACAGAACUAAAGGCUAUCGGAAGGUGUCUGGUGAUACAUGUGUGGGAGGUGAAGAUUAUCGAUAUAAUCCUGAACUCAUGUCUUGUCCAUUAAAAGAAGAACCAGAAUUCUUAAUUAUAGCAGCUCAUCAAGAAAUAAAACGAAUGGCAUUAAAUACAGAAGAAAAUCAUCUAGAAGCAUUACCAAUUCCAUCUUUAAAGAAUGUUGUAGCUGUUGAAUAUGAUUAUCAUAAUAAUUGUGUCUAUUGGGCAGAUUUUGAUGAAAAUAAGUUAAUGAGAUUAUGUUUGGAUGGAAAAAGUGAACCUGAAGUUUUAUUACAUUUUAUCAAAUUAGCAGUGGAAGGUUUAGCACUGGAUUGGAUCAGCUAUAAUUUAUAUUUUGUUGAUGGAUUUGCACCAGCUGUGAAAAUAAUAAAUGUUAAUAAUUCAUUUUCAACUCUUCAUAGAACUAUAUUAAAUGCAACAUUUGUUGAUAAACCUAGAGGAAUUGCAGUUCAUCCUCAUAGAGGGUAUUUAUUUUUGACAGACUGGAGUGAUAAAACACCUAAAAUUGCAAGAUCAUACCUAGAUGGAUCUCAUUUUGUUACUUUAAUUAAUUCUUCAGUAGUAGCUUGGCCAAAUGGAAUUACUAUUGAUUAUCAACAAGAAAGAAUAUUUUGGGCAGAUUCCAAAAAAGAUUAUAUUGCAUCCUCUGAUUUUGAUGGUCUUAACAUCAGAUUUGUGUUACAAGGAGAUUCAGUCAUUCCUCAUGCAUUUGCAAUAGCAGUUUAUAAGGAUUGGAUUUAUUUUGAUGAUUGGAUUAAAAAAGGAAUAUUUAUGGCAAACAAAUAUGAUGGUUCUGGAUUAAUUCAGUUGGCAGAAACUAUUAAUCAUCCAAUGGAUUUAAAAAUUUUUUCAUCAGGAAUGCAGCAAGGAAGUAAUAUGUGUAAAAAUUCAAGCUUUACUCCAUGUAGUCAUAUGUGUAUUCCAUAUCCACAUAAUAACAGAAUAUGUGUUUGUCCUGAUGGAGCAAAUGUACAAAAAUUGAAAGAUGGAAGUGAAAAAUGCUUAUGUCCUGGAAAUUAUUUAAUGCAACCUGAUGGUUUUUGCCUUCCAGUUACUUCCAUCAACAACAAUACCAUUACUCCAAAAAUGAUUUACAUAUUUAUUCACUUUAUUUUUUUGUUAUAUUUUACAGGAAGUAAUAUGUGUAAAAAUUCAAGCUUUACUCCAUGUAGUCAUAUGUGUAUUCCAUAUCCACAUAAUAACAGAAUAUGUGUUUGUCCUGAUGGAGCAAAUGUACAAAAAUUGAAAGAUGGAAGUGAAAAAUGCUUAUGUCCUGGAAAUUAUUUAAUGCAACCUGAUGGUUUUUGCCUUCCAGUGCAUUCAACUUGUUCUUCUGAACAAUUUUUGUGUUCAAAUGAACUUUGCAUUCCUAAUUUGUGGAAAUGUGAUGGAGAUAAUGAUUGUGGUGACUUAAGUGAUGAAGUUAAUUGUGCCUUACCAAGCUGUAGUAGUAAUCAAUUCAAAUGUAAAAAUAAUCAUUGCAUUCCGUCAAGUUGGGUUUGUGAUUUUGAAAACGAUUGUGGUGAUGGUUCUGAUGAAUCACAUGAAGCACAUUGCAAUUAUCCUUCAUGUAAAACUGGCCAGUUUCGUUGUAAAAAUGGAAAGUGUAUAAAUGAAAAGUUUCGUUGUGAUUUUGAUGUUGACUGUUUUGAUGGAUCCGAUGAAGAAAACUGUACUUCACCAUCUUCAGUCUGUCAUCAUAACGAAUUUAGUUGCAAUAGUUCAAAGCAGUGCAUACCUAAAACUUGGAAAUGUGAUGGAGAAAAAGAUUGCCAAGAUGGAAGUGAUGAAAAUAACUGUGAUAUUAAAACAUGUGAAGACUGGCAGUAUAAAUGCAAAAGUGGCCACUGUAUAUUUAGUACUUGGUAUUGUGAUGGUGACAAAGAUUGUGAAGACAAUAGUGAUGAAGAAAACUGUAAAAAUGAAAAGGUUUCGACUUCAACUGGAUUUCCUUUAACUACAAAGCAGCCAGAAAAUUGUGGUGAAGAUCGUUUCAGAUGCAAUUCAGGACAAUGUAUUUGGAAUUCAUGGAUUUGUGAUGGAACAAAAGAUUGUGAGAAUGGUGAAGAUGAAAAAGAUUGUUCAGCUGGUGUAAUUUGUUUGACAAGCCAGUUUCGUUGUGUGCAUAGUAGCGGUUGUGUAUCUCCUUCUGAUCUGUGUGAUGGAAAAGCUGAUUGUGGAGAUGGCAGUGAUGAAUGGGGUUGUGGACCAAAAGCAUCUACAGAAAGUCAUCAUACAUGCGAAUCUGAUACACAAUUUAAAUGUAAUAGUGGUGAAUGUAUCCAUAUCAUUAAUUAUUGUGAUAACAGAGAAGAUUGUUAUGAUGGAAGUGAUGAACAGAAUUGUCCUGAAGAAUGUAUGUAUAUUAUUCUUCUGUUUCAAGAUAGUGAUUUUGACAAUUUGGAAUGGAAAAAACAAAACUGGACUUCAAAUACAAAUUAUACAUUUUCUGGACUUUUUCCUGGAAGAAAGUAUCGAGUUAAAGUUGAUGUCAAAUUUGUACACAAUUCAUACAUCUCUCACAGUUCUGAUUACAUAACAGUCAUAACAGAAAACAAAGCACCUUCUGCACCCAGCAAUCUUUCAGCUCAACAGCAAGGACAAAGGAUAUUUGUAAAAUGGUCAGCACCUCAAAUUCAUGAAGUUAUAACAGGAUAUAAGAUUUAUGUUCUCCCUCCAACACCACCACAUAUAGAAUUACUAAAUAAAAUAAUUCCAACUCAGACAGUACUACAAUAUGAUUUUCUUCCAGGAAUUAAUUAUACCAUUUGGGUAACUUCUUUAUCUGGUAAUCUGGAAAGUGGAAAUUCUCCACCAGUCUACUUGGAAUUUGAUAAGGAUUAUAUAUCUAGUCCAAUUGAAGAUCUUAGUGUUUUAAAUAUAACAGCUAAUUCUCUUGUUGUUUCUUGGAAAAACAAUUUUGAUAAAGUUGAUAAAUACUGUCUAUUGUAUCAUCCAAAUUAUGAAAAUGAUUAUUUGCCUUGGAAGCAGAUAAAUACUACAUCUAACAAUGUAAAAGUUGAUUUACUUUCACCUGGAACAACUUACAUUUUCAAAAUAUUUGCAUUUAAAAAUGAUAUUUCUGGACCUGUAAAAAGCAUAGAAAGAACAACAUUAGGAAAGCCUCUCAGUUCUGUGUCAAACAUCAAGAGUAUAGUGAAAGGAACUAAAGUCAUUCUUCAAUGGGAUUCCAUCAAUGAUAAAAGAAGUAAUAAAUGGAUUUAUGGAAUAUUCAUGUUUCAAAAAUCUUUUAAUACAUUAGUACUUGUUGGAAAUACGUCAUUGACAAAUUUCACUUUAUCUGGUUUGAAUCCUUGUGAAAUGUAUUCACUUGAAGUUAGAGUUAUUGGUCCAUUUGGAAUUGGUCCCUCUGGAGGAUUUUAUUUUGUGAGAACAGAAUCUGAUAAUCUUGCUCCUCCUAAAAAUCUUGCUGCAAAAUUAUCUCAAGAAAACAACAAAAUGUCCAUCAGUUGGAAUGCAUCUUGUUUGUCAUCAAGUGGAAAUCUUGGAUAUGAGGUGAACCCAGGAUGCCCCCUAGUGGGUAUUCUAGCAGCAGCAGUGUCAUUCCGUGUACUUGUUGGAAAUACGUCAUUGACAAAUUUCACUUUAUCUGGUUUGAAUCCUUGUGAAAUGUAUUCACUUGAAGUUAGAGUUAUUGGUCCAUUUGGAAUUGGUCCCUCUGGAGGAUUUUAUUUUGUGAGAACAGAAUCUGAUAAUCUUGCUCCUCCUAAAAAUCUUGCUGCAAAAUUAUCUCAAGAAAACAACAAAAUGUCCAUCAGUUGGAAUGCAUCUUGUUUGUCAUCAAGUGGAAAUCUUGGAUAUGAGGUAACUUCUUUAUCUGGUAAUCUGGAAAGUGGAAAUUCUCCACCAGUCUACUUGGAAUUUGAUAAGGAUUAUAUAUCUAGUCCAAUUGAAGAUCUUAGUGUUUUAAAUAUAACAGCUAAUUCUCUUGUUGUUUCUUGGAAAAACAAUUUUGAUAAAGUUGAUAAAUACUGUCUAUUGUAUCAUCCAAAUUAUGAAAAUGAUUAUUUGCCUUGGAAGCAGAUAAAUACUACAUCUAACAAUGUAAAAGUUGAUUUACUUUCACCUGGAACAACUUACAUUUUCAAAAUAUUUGCAUUUAAAAAUGAUAUUUCUGGACCUGUAAAAAGCAUAGAAAGAACAACAUUAGGAAAGCCUCUCAGUUCUGUGUCAAACAUCAAGAGUAUAGUGAAAGGAACUAAAGUCAUUCUUCAAUGGGAUUCCAUCAAUGAUAAAAGAAGUAAUAAAUGGAUUUAUGGAAUAUUCAUGUUUCAAAAAUCUUUUAAUACAUUAGUACUUGUUGGAAAUACGUCAUUGACAAAUUUCACUUUAUCUGGUUUGAAUCCUUGUGAAAUGUAUUCACUUGAAGUUAGAGUUAUUGGUCCAUUUGGAAUUGGUCCCUCUGGAGGAUUUUAUUUUGUGAGAACAGAAUCUGAUAAUCUUGCUCCUCCUAAAAAUCUUGCUGCAAAAUUAUCUCAAGAAAACAACAAAAUGUCCAUCAGUUGGAAUGCAUCUUGUUUGUCAUCAAGUGGAAAUCUUGGAUAUGAGGUUAUCAUAAAAGAUCUAAUCACCAACAAAACAGAAAAAUUAUAUGUAACUUCAAACAGUAAUCAUUUGGGUGUAAAUGCUUCUAUUCACUUAGGAGCAGAAUAUUUGAUUAAAGUGAGAACUAAUGCCUCUGGCUCUCAUUUUACAAAUAUUUCCUUUACUGCACCUGAAAUUCCUAUCCCACAGCAAGUGAAAGUUAUACUUGAACAAAAUGGAAGUCUCUUCAUAGAUUGGAAAGAGCCAGAAAUGCCUUCUGAAUUGAAAAACCAUUCUUAUAAGUAUUUUGUCUGGUUAAGUGAAGAUAAGAAUAUAAAUAAAGCAUCUCAUUACACUGCUUCAACACCACCAGUUAUAAUUCCUUCGGUUCCUAAAGGCAAAAUUUACCAUGUUGCUGUUAAUAUUGUUGAUAAAGAAGGAUAUCAAAGCAAACUUUCAGAUUGGAAUGAUUUUGGAAAUCCAAAUGAAGCACAAAAAAUAGUUGUAUCCAUCAACAAUUUGGUUAGCAUUGUGGUGCCCAUUGUAAUUGUCAUUACUGUUUUAAUUGCUGCUGUAGUAUUCUUUGCUGUUAGACAUCAUCGACUGCAGAGAAGCUUUUUGUCAUUUGCAAAUAGUCAUUAUGAUACACAUGCCGUUUCUGCAACUUUUUCAAAUAAUGAAGAACUGGAUGAGGAAGAAGAUUCUCCAAUGAUACGUGGAUUUUCUGAUGAUGAACCACUAAUAGUGGCAUAAAUAUCUUGAGUUUGCUCUAAAAGUUAAUUAAAAUAUAUUUAACAUUUUUUCAAAAAUUACAUAUAUAUAUAUACUGUGUAUAAUAUUUCUGCACUUGUUCUUUUUUU